GGAAAGGAAGAAAACAAAUUAAUAGAAUGUCCUCCCCAGAAGUGGAGAAGUUUGAGAUAACAGAAGAUGACCUCGCCAAUGAAUUUUAUCCUAGAGGUGGCAGGAGACAAACAAAAAAUCAGGCCAUCUAUGGAAUGUGGGCCACCAGUGAUGAUGAGGAAGAAGCCCCUGGAUUUCGGAGUGGGAGGAGGAAGAAGAAGGAUUACACGAUGCCCAUAGGUUUUGUCAGUGGAGGAAUCAAGCAGGGGUCAAAGAUCAAGAAAGAGGGAGAAGAAGAUGAUUCUUCAGACUCUGAUAAAGAAAUUCAAGUAGUACAAAUGCCAGUCCAGCAAUCUUCUACCAGAUCAAACCGUCCUCAAGGCAGGCAGGGGAAACAGUUUGCAGGUUUUGGGAAAGGAGAAGUAGGAUUUGGAGAAUGGGAAAGGCACACUAAAGGUUUUGGGAAGAAGUUACUCGAAAAGAUGGGUUUUAAACCUGGAGAAGGGCUGGGAAAGCAUGGUCAAGGUAUCACUACACCAGUGGAGGCAGUGAAGCGGAAAGGUAAAGGAGCCAUUGGUGCCCAUGGAACAGAGAGGUCAGAAAGGUCAUUGGUCGAUUUUCCCGUACACGAUCCUGACGAGGAGCAAGAGAAAAAGUUUAGGGAGGAACUUUCUCAGUGGAAAAAGAAACCAGAGGUUGGCAAGAAGAAACCAAAGUAUGUCUACAAAACAGCACAAGAAAUUAUUGAGUCUGGGGUAGGGAAAAAGAAAAGUGCCCCUUCCAAAUCAUCAAAAGUCAAGGUCAUUGAUAUGACUGGAAAAGAAAAGAGGGUCCUGUCAGGAUAUCAUGCAAUAGCAACCAGACACAACCGGCCUGAUGAAGAAGAGGAGCUAAUGGAAGCAGAGCCGGGGCAGAAAAAGGCGUUUGAGAUGCCAGAGUUGAUGCAUAAUCUGAACAUUCUGGUGGACAUGGCAGAAGAAGACAUCAUUACCAAUGAUAGGAAGUUACGGUAUGAGAAGGAUCACAUUGUGAACAUGAAGCAUGAACAAGAACGACUGGAUACAAUCUGUGAACAAGAGGAAGCUCAGAUACAGAAACUGAAAAAAGUCCUGGAUAUCGUCAGAAUGUGUGAAGAGAGAACCCAGCCUGGAUGUGACAAUCCUAUGGAGUUAGAUGAGUGUGCUGCCAUUUUUCAGUCCCUGCAGAGAGAUUUCUAUGAGGAGUACAAGAUGUAUGACCUAUCCUCACUGGCUGUGGCUCUCGUCUUCCCUUUGAUGAGAAAACAUUUCUCAACAUGGGACCCUUUAAAGGACCCUGGAUUUGGACUGAACACGAUUCAACAGUGGAAGGACCUGCUAGAGGAUUACAAUAAUCAGUAUGCCGGGAACUUCAGUGAUAUGGAUGUCUUCCAGAGGCUCCUAUGGGAUGUGUGGCUACCUUAUCUCAGAACCACCAUACUAAAGUGGAAUGUAAGGGCUUGUAAUCCUCUGAUAGAAGUUCUGGAAACAUGGCUGCCAGUUCUCCCUCCCUGGAUCAUGGAAAACAUCCAGGAUCAGUUGGUGUUACCACGGUUACUACAGGAAGUGGAAAACUGGAACCCUCUGACAGACACCAUGCCCAUUCAUGCUUGGCUUCAUCCUUGGCUGCCUCUGAUGAAAGACAAAUUAGAACCUUUGUAUGCUCCUAUAAGACACAAAAUAGCCAAUGCUCUCAUAAACUGGCACCCUUCGGAUGCCUCUGCUAAAGUUAUCCUCCAGCCCUGGGUCAAGGUAUUUAAGCCUGGACACUUAGAGGCUUUCCUGGUGAAGAAUAUUCUACCCAAGCUUGCCAUGUGUAUGCAAGAGUUUGUCAUCAAUCCACACCAACAGAUUUUAGACCCCUGGCACUGGGUUAUGUCGUGGUCAGACAUUAUUCCUGCUAAGUACAUGGUGGACAUGCUUGAGAAGACAUUCUUCCCUAAGUGGAGGACCGUGCUGUGUACAUGGCUCAGUAACAUGCCAAACUAUGACGAGAUCACCAAGUGGUAUCUAGGCUGGAAGUCACUGUUCUCAGAGGAAUAUCUUUCUCAGCCCUCUAUCAGAGAUAACUUCAGCAAAGCUUUGGAAAUUAUGAACCGUGCAGUUUCAAGUCACAUUCAGCCAGGAGUCAAGGAAAACAUGGCCUAUUUUGCGAACAUGGAGCGUAGGCAGAUGGCAGAUUCCUCCAUCCCCUCAACUUCUCGAUCCCCACCCCGACAGACCACUGGACCAGAACCAGCUUAUACCCGGAGUAUUACAGUGGGUUCUAACUAUCAGCCAACCUUUAAAGACAUUAUUGAGAAAGCGGCUGAAGAAAAUGGUCUUUUAUUCAUGCCCGUGGCUGGAAAAACCCAAGAAGCUAAACAAGUGUAUCGUUUUGGAAAAGUUCAAAUUUACCUGGACAGAAAUGUUGUAUUUGUGUUUGAAAAUCUGAACUGGAUACCAGUUUCAUUACAAAAUCUCAUAAUGAAAGCAAAACCAUAAUAUUGCUUAAUUCAUCAGUUUUGUCAUCUCAUUAAAUUGUGUACAUAAAA